AUGGCGAUUCCUCUUGGUCACGACUCUGGUGACGACAUCCCGGCACUCAGACAGUUUGGGGUCUGGGUCUGGAUGGUUCUUGUUUACCUGGAAAAAUGCGACGAGCCCCUGGUCUCGGGGCUCCCCCACGCGGCUUUCAGCAGCUCCUCCCUCCUGUCCAGCAGUUAUUCCCCCGGCUACGCCAGGAUCAACAAGCGUGGGGGUGCGGGUGGCUGGUCCCCCUCAGACAGUGACCACUACCAGUGGCUCCAGGUGGACUUUGGCAGUCGGAAGCAGAUGAGCGCCAUUGCCACCCAGGGAAGGUACAGCAGCUCCGACUGGGUGACACAGUACCGGCUUCUCUACAGUGACACUGGCAGGAACUGGAAGCCUUAUCAUCAGGACGGGAACAUCUGGGCCUUUCCUGGGAAUGUCAACUCAGAUGGUGUGGUCAGGCAUGACUUGCAGCACCCUGUGACCGCGCGAUAUGUGCGUCUGGUGCCGCUGGACUGGAACGCCGAGGGCCGCAUCGGGCUGCGCACUGAGGUCUACGGCUGUGCCUACUGGGCCGACGUCAUCAACUUUGACGGCCAUGUGGUGCUGCCAUACCGAUUCAGGAACAAGAAGAUGAAAACCCUGAAAGAUGUUAUCGCCCUGAAGUUCAAAACGUCAGCGAGCGAAGGGGUGAUCCUGCAUGGCGAGGGCCAGCAAGGUGACUACAUCACCUUGGAGCUAAGGAAAGCCAACCUGCUGCUCAGCCUGAACCUGGGAAGCAACCAGCUGGGCCCCAUCUAUGGACACACAGCAGUGACAGCGGGCAGCCUGCUGGACGACCAUCACUGGCACUCUGUGCUGCUGGAGCGCCAGGGCCGCAGCAUCAACCUCACACUGGACAGGAGCGUGCAGCACUUCCGCACCAAUGGCGAGUUUGACUACCUGGACCUGGACUAUGAGGUCACCUUUGGGGGGAUCCCGUUCUCUGGAAAGCCGAGCUCCAACAGCAGGAAGAACUUCAGGGGCUGCAUGGAAAGCAUCACGUACAAUGGGGUCAACAUCACCGACCUGGCCCGCAGGAAGAAGCUGGAGCCCUCCGAUGUGGGCAACCUGAGCUUCUCCUGCGUGGAGCUCUACACCGUGCCCGUCUUCUUCAAUGCCACCAGCUACUUGGAGGUGCCUGGCCGGGCCGACCAGGACCUCUUCUCUGUCAGCUUCCAGUUCCGAACCUGGAACCCCAACGGCCUGCUGCUCUUCAGCCACUUUGCAGAGAACCUGGGCACCAUCGAGAUUGACCUCACAGAGAGCAAAGUGGGUGUCCACAUCAACGUCACCCAGACAAGGGUGAGCCAGAUGGACAUCGCCUCAGGUUCUGGGCUGAACAAUGGACAGUGGCAUGAAGUCCGUUUCCUGGCCAAGGAGAACUUCGCCCUGCUCACCAUCGACGGGGACGAGGCUUCAGCUGUCCGGACCAACAGUCCGCUCCAGGUGAAGACGGGCAACAAGUACUUCUUUGGAGGUGUCCUGAGCCAGAUGGUGAGCUCAGGCCUCUCCCUGCUCCAGCCACCCUUCCAGGGGUGCAUGCAGCUCAUCCAGGUGGACGACCAGCUGGUGAACCUGUACGAGGUGGCACAGAGGAAACCGGGCAGCUUCGCCAAUGUCAGCAUCGACAUGUGUGCCAUCAUAGACAGGUGUGUGCCCAACCACUGUGAGCAUGGCGGGAAGUGCUCACAGACCUGGGACAGCUUCAAAUGUACCUGCGAUGAGACCGGCUACAGCGGGGCCACCUGUCACAACUCCAUCUACGAACCUUCCUGUGAGGCCUAUAAGCACCUGGGCCAGACCUCCAACUACUACUGGAUUGACCCCGAUGGCAGCGGUCCGCUGGCGCCUCUGAAGGUCUACUGCAAUAUGACAGAGGACAAGGUGUGGACCAUCGUGUCCCACGACCUGCAGAUGCAGACAAAGGUGGUGGGCCACCCGCCGGAGAAGUAUGCGGUGACCCAGCUGGCAUACAGUGCCUCCCUGGACCAGCUGGGGGCCAUCACCAGCAGCGCCGAGUACUGUGAACAGUAUGUCUCCUACUUCUGCAAGAUGUCCCGGCUGCUCAACACACCAGAUGGCAGCCCCUACACCUGGUGGGUCGGCAAAGGCAACGAGAAGCACUACUACUGGGGGGGCUCAGGCCCCGGCAUCCAGAAGUGCGCCUGCGGCAUCGAGCGCAACUGCACGGACGCCCGGUACUACUGCAACUGCGACGCGGACCACAAACAGUGGAGAAAAGAUGCUGGCUUCCUUUCCUACAAGGACCACCUGCCAGUCAGCCAGGUAGUGGUCGGCGACACAGACCGGCCAGGUUCUGAGGCCAAGCUGACAGUGGGCCCGCUGCGCUGCCAAGGAGACAGAAACUACUGGAAUGCUGCCUCCUUUCCAGACCCCUCCUCACAUCUGCACUUCUCCACCUUCCAAGGGGAAACCAGUGCUGACAUCUCCUUCUACUUCAAAACCCUUAUCCCACGCGGUGUGUUCCUGGAGAACCUGGGGAACACGGACUUCAUCAAGCUGGAGCUGAAGUCUGCCACAGACGUGUCCUUCUCCUUUGACGUGGGGAAUGGACCAGUGGAGAUUGUGGUGAGGGCCCCGUCCCCGCUCAACGAUGACCAGUGGCACCGUGUCACCGCCGAGAGGAACGUCAAGCAGGCCAGCUUGCAGGUGGACCGGCUGCCUCCACAGGUGCGCAAGGCCCCCACGGAAGGCCACAAGCGCCUGGAGCUCUACAGCCAGCUGUAUGUGGGUGCUGCCGGCGGCCAGCAGGGCUUCCUGGGCUGCAUCCGCUCACUGCGCAUGAACGGGGUGACACUGGACCUGGAAGAGAGGGCCAAGGUCACCUCUGGCUUUGUGUCGGGAUGUUCCGGCCACUGCACCAGCUAUGGGGCCAACUGCGAGCACGGUGGUCGAUGCGUGGAGAAGUACCACGGCUACUCUUGUGACUGCGCCCACACGGCCUACGACGGCACCUUCUGCAACAGAGAUGUCGGCGCAUUUUUUGAGGAGGGCAUGUGGCUCCGGUACAACUUCCAGGCCGCAGGGACCAGCACCCGGGAGUCCCCAGGCAGGGCCGAGGGGACUGACCCGCAGAACCUGGCACCCGACCUGGCCCAGGAGCAGCUCAGCUUCAGCUUCAGCACCUCCAAGGCACCCUGCAUCCUGCUGUAUGUCAGCUCGCACACCCCCGACUUCCUGGCCGUGCUGCUGGCACCCACCGGAAACUUGCAGAUUCGGUACAACCUGGGCGGCACCCGAGACCCCUACAACAUCAACCUUGACCACAGGAACAUGGCCAACGGGCAGCCACACAGCCUGAACAUCACCCGGCGGGAGAGGACGUUGGUGCUACAGCUUGAUCACUACCCUCGAGAGACUUACCCGCUGCCAAGUACAUCUGACACCCUGUUCAAUUCCCCCAAGUCACUCUUCUUGGGAAAAGUUAUCGAAACGGGGAGGAUUGACCCUGAGAUCCACAAGUACAACACACCUGGCUUCACCGGCUGCCUGUCCAGGGUGCAGUUCAACCAGGUUGCCCCGCUUAAAGCCGCCCUACGCCAGACCAACGUGUCCGCCCAGGUGCACGUGCAGGGCCAGCUCGUGGAGUCCAACUGCGGGGCCUCCCCGCUGACCAUCUCGCCCAUGUCGGCCGCCACCGACCCCUGGCACCUGGACCACCUGGAGUCAGCCAGUGCUGAUUUCCCAUACAACCCAGGACAGGGCCAGGCUAUCCGGAAUGGUGUCAACAGAAACUCUGCAAUCAUUGGAGGUGUCAUUGCAGUGGUGAUCUUCACCAUUCUCUGCACCUUGGUCUUCCUCAUCCGGUACAUGUUCCGUCACAAGGGCACCUACCACACCAAUGAGGCCAAGGGGGCAGAGUCAGCAGAGAGCGCAGAUGCUGCCAUCAUGAACAACGACCCCAACUUCACAGAGACCAUUGAUGAGAGCAAGAGGGAAUGGCUUAUCUGA